AUGGGAUAUCCUAACCCUUUGAAGACGGUUUCACGUUCAUUGACAGACAAUAUAGUUAUUACAUCAUGCGGGUUUUCGUGUGUUAAAGUAUUUAAUUUUGGUGCUAGAAUGUCAUUAAUUAAGUAUGGCGAUGAAAUUAUCGUAUGGUCACCCAUUCCUUACGGAGACGAAGUUAUAAAGGCAUUAAAUUUGUUGACAGGUAAUAGUAGUGGUGUAUUCAACAUUGCAUACCUUAUUAUUCCAAAUAAUGAACAUAAUUUGGCAGCUAAAUCGUUUAAGGCUAAUUAUCCUAAUAUCAAAAUUAUUGCGCUGGAGUCAAUAGAUUUAGGGUUGGAAUGCCCAAUUGAUUACCGCUUUACUAAAGAUAUUGGCAAUACACUAGUUGAUCAAAGUGUAUUAUCUGAAAAAGUCGGCAUCCUGAGUCCAGCAAUUUUGAAUAAUCUUGAAUUCGUCUAUUUACUGAAUUCCGCCAAUAAGGACUUGGUGAUGUUUGACAAGAAUUCGAAGAUAAUGUUUGAGGCUGAUAUUCUUGUAAAUCUAGGUAUCCCUGGAUCAACUUCGGGUAAAGCUACGUUGGAGCAGUAUUCUACGUUGACUGGCUAUCCAGACAAUUUCUUACCUCAUUUUGGUUUGUCCUUCUUUACUAGGUACCUUCAGCCUUAUAGUAAAGUCGGAAAUUGGUUAGUUAGCCGCAUAGCCAAUAGUGCUAAUCCCAAUUCUCAAAAAGGUUUGAAAGCUAUCUAUGAUUGGGAUUUUGAACAAAUAGUUAUGUGUCAUGGAAACGUUAUCGAUAGAAAUGCUAAACUGACAUUCCAGAACGUUUACCAAUCUGUGCUUGGUUAA